AUGCAAGAUAAUGCAAAGAUAGUAUGGGGGGUCAUCAACCAAUGCGUUGAUUCCUUCUCCUCAACAAGUGACAGUCCCCAAAUGGUUACCGAAGCCGGCGGUCCCCAGGUGGCCACCGAAGAGGAGAGUCCCAAGGUGGCCACAGAACAGGAGAGUCCCCAGGUCGUCACCAAAGGGGAGAAAACCCAAAUGGUCACUGAAGCCAGCGGUUCCCAGGUGACCACCGAAGAGGAGAGUCCCAAGGUGGCCACGGAACAGGAGAGUCCCCAGGUCGUCUCCGAAGGGGAGAAAACCCAAAUGGUCACCGAAGCCAGCGGUCUCCAGGUGGCCACCGAAGAGGAGAGUCCUCAGGUGGCCACCGAAAGGGACACUCCCCAAGAAGUUGCCCGUAGUGCUGCUGCCCAAAAGCCCAAGGCCAAAAGCUCGCCACACCUCGCCACAGCAGAAAGAGAUCAACCAGCUAAAAAGCUUCCCUCAAUACCUCGCCACAGCUCGCCACACCUCGCCACAGCAGAAAGAGAUCAACCAGCUAAAAAACUUCCCUCAAUACCUCGCCACAGCUCGCCACAGCAGAAAGAGAUCAACCAGCUAAAAAGCUUCCCUCAAUACCUCGCCACAGCUCGCCACACCUCGCCACAGCAGAAAGAGAUCAACCAGCUAAAAAGCUUCCCUCAAUACCUCGCCACAACUCGCCACAGCUCGCCACAGCAGAAAGAAAUCAACCAGCAAAACCUUUCCCUCAAUACCUCGCCACACACUAGCACAGAGGAAGAAUCUCAGCAUUCAAAGCGUCGCAGCAUCACACAGCCCCAGCACCACAGCUCCCAGCACGCAGCUCCAGCACCACAGCCCCAGCACCACAGCUCCCAGCACCGCAGCUCCCAGCACCACAGCCCCAGCACCACAGCCCCAGCACCGCAGCUCCCCAGCACCGCAGCUCCCAGCACCACAGCUCCCAGCACCGCGCUCCCAGCACCACAGCCGCCCACAGUCCCAGCACCGCAGCUCCCAGCACCGCAGCUCCCAGCACCACAGCCCAGCACUGCAGCUCCCAGAACCAGAGCUCCCAGCACCAGAGCUCCCAGCACCGCAGCUCCCAGCACCACAGCUCCCCAGCACCGCAGCUCACAGCACCACAGCUCCCCACACCGCAGUUCCCAGCACAGCUCCCAGCACCACAGCUCCCAGCACCACAGCUCCCAGCACCACAGCUCCCAGCACCGCAGCUCCCAGCACCACAGCUCCCAGCACCACAGCUCCCAGCACCACAGCUCCCAGCACCACAGCCCAGCACCACAGCUCCCAGCACCGCAGCUCCCAGCAUCACAGCUCCCAGCACCACAGCUCCCAGCACCUCAGCCCCAGCACCACAGCUCCCAGCACCACAGCUCCCAGCACCGCAGCCCCAGCACCACAGCUCCCAGCACGCAGCCCAGCACCAUAGCUCCCAGCACCGCAGCUCCCAGCACCGCAGCUCCCAGCACCACAGCCCCUGCACUGCAGCUCCCAGCACCACAGCUCCCAGCACCACAGCUCCCAGCACCGCAGCCCCAGCACCACAGCCCCACAGCAACUUCCAGCACCACAGCUCCCAGUACCACAGCUCCUGCCACCACAGCUCCCAGCACCGCAGGUCCCAGCACCACAGCUCCCUGCACCGCAGCUUCCAGCACCACGUUCCCAGCACCACAGCUCCCAGCACCACAGUUCCCAGCACCGCAGCUCCCAGCACCACAGCUCCCAGCACCGCAGCUUCCAGCACCACAGCUCCCAGCACCUCCAGCACCGCAGCCCAGCACCAGCUCCCACCACAGCUCCCAGCACCGCCGCUUCCAGCACCACAGCCCCAGCACCACAGCCCACAGCCCCAGCACCGCAGCUUCCAGCACCACAGCUCCCAGCACCGCAGCUCCCAGCACCACAGCUCCCAGCACCACAGCUUCCAGCACCACAGCUCCCAGCACCGCAGCUCCCAGCACCGCAGCCCCAGCACCACAGCUCCCAGCACCACAGCUUCCAGCACCACAGCUCCCAGCACCACAGCUCCCAGCACCGCAGCUCCCAGCACCGUGUCCCACUGCAGCUCCCAGCACCACAGCUCCCAGAGCACCGCAGCUCCGCCAGCCCCAGCAGCCGCAGCUUCCAGCACCACAGCUCCCAGCACCGCAGCUCCCAGCACCACAGCCCCAGCACCGCAGCCCUAGCACCGCAGCUUCCAGCACCACAGCUCCCAGCAGCCGCAGCUUCCAGCACCACAGCUCCCAGCACCGCAGCUCCCAGCACCGCAGCCCCAGCACCACAGCCCCAGCACCACAGCUCCCAGCACCACAGCUCCCACUCCUGAACACUACUCCUCCCUCCACCAACACUACUCCUCCCUCCACCAACACUACC